AAUUUUAACCAGGUGUUAUCGACUGUCUGUUCCAACGAAUGGAUCCUGGCUCUUCAUCAGACCCUGCUCCUCCUCCUCAUCGUGGGGAAGUGGCUCCUCCCGCUGGGAGGCGGAGUCACGCGUGAGGAGCUCUCGCAGCUUCUCCUAAUUUUUGUUGGCACUGCAGCAGACAUCCUCGAAUUUACUAGUGAGACGCUGUCAGAUGUCAAAGAGGACAAUCAUCAGCUGGUCUACAUCGUCUUAGCUGUAUGGACUUGGAGCAUGCUGCAGUUCCCCCUACAUCUGUCUGUGGUGAAAUCCAAGCCAGACAAUGAGGGUGAGCAGGAGGCCAGCGAGGUGUCCCUGUUGUCCAAGUACAGCACGGACAUCUGGAGCAUCGUGGAGGCCUUGUUUAUCCAAGACGGGCCUUUCCUGGUGGUCAGGCUCAUCGUCAUGACCUACUACAAAGUCUUCCACCAAAUGCUGGUGUUCUUCGCCAUCAAGAACUUCCUGGUGGUCAUACUGAACUUGUACAGGUUGGUUGUUAUAUGCCAUGACUCGCGCAGUAGAGCCGGCCGGGGCAGCGCCGUCCCAUGUGUUUGACGAGUCAUCUCACGGGGGAAUCAGGGAGACGGAGAGAUGUUGCACUUACAAUUGUACAGUUACUUCAGACUGGUAAGAACUGCAAUUGGAGCAGAAAGAGAAGGAAAUGCUUGCUUUCUGUUUCCUUCUCACAAUGUACUUAACUCUCUGGGAUCGUGGUGUUGUGAAUAAUUAACGUUGUUGUGAGCAGAAAACUGUGAACAACCUUUUUCUUACACUUGCAAGGGGAUAAAGUUGCCAAGUUGUCAUUACGCUGUUGGGGUCUGACCAUGUGCCGUUGAACAAAGGGAGCUGAGUUGGGCCUGCUUGUUCAGCCAAAAGCCUGAUUUGAGGUGACGAUAACAUCAAGCUCCAGGGUAAACAAAAAAUCACACUUAGAUGCGUGCCUGAGUUUAACCAAGAAACUCGGAAGGACCACUAAGAAGGACCAUUAAAAAGCCAUCUCACAGUGCUUACUUGGUGUCUGGGCUUAGUUAGGUCAUUGUGUGUUUAUUACCGUGUUUGUGUUUUGUUUAAGUUACUGUAUUGUUAUAACGUGCCGUUGUGUAUGCUUAAUAAUCGCUGAAAUUAACGACCGAGAUCGUUAAUGUUGUGUAGAAAUUACUGUGUAUUCCAUACUGCUUGUUAUCGUGAUCUUAUCAGUAAACAACCCGAAUAACGGUUGGUCGGACUUAAGCUCAUCUGCCGGACUUCUGUGUGAUAAGUCACGAUCUCCGUGUCUUACGGCAGUGGUGAGGAUCUGCUUUGUUUUGGAGGAUUUAUUUUGUUUUGUUUGCUUUCUCUGUUCUUCUACUAACACACACACACACACACACACACACACAUAGCUACAUGCAUAUGCUGGUUGAGCUAACUACCUCAGACACGUGUAGAUAACGCAAUCCCUAUUGCGCAAUCUCUAUUGUCUCUCUCCAUUUGGAGUCUCGUGCCAUUUUGUAGUCUCGCGUGGCCACGUGCAAGACUAUCCCCUCCAUUUUGAUAGUCCCUGCUAUCUUCCAUUUUGUAGUCCCACGUGGCACGCCACGCUAUAAAUUACAUCCGCCAUUGUCUGAGUAGUGUCUGGCUUCUCCCACACACACACACAACCACAUGCAUGCGCAUACACACACACACAGAAUUGUUUUGUUGAUUUUAGAUAGUAGCUCAUGAUUGUAUAGUAGUAGUUGUUAGUUUUAGAUACUAUUUGAUUUUGAUCAAUGUUAUCAGAAUUGAAUAAACUCUGUUAUACUUUAAAGAACAGCUUUCUGUGAUUACUUUGUGCAAGUGUAUUGUUAUAAUAACUGGAUACGUGGUCUGUGCUCGAAUUCAAAACCUUCACUGUUCACUCUGAAUGUCCAAUAGUACUUUGACUGUUGACAUUGUGAGUGAAUAUUAAUUAUGAGACUUAACUUAUAGUGUAGUUAUUUGUCCCUGUUCGCAGGGUGGUGCCCCAUUAUUAAUAAUUGUUAAUAAUCUUACUGACAUUAAUAAUUCUAUUGAUGUCAAUAAUUUAGUUAUUCAUAUUUCCUGACAAUCAAACACGCUCCUUAUCGUUCCGAACAAUGCGAUUUACUGCUCAGGAUCUGAAUUCACAGCUAAUAAUUAAACUAGGCCCAAUCCCAAUUUAGGGCUGUCCCACUGUCAAAUCGUUGGGUGUUGGAGGUCCCUCUCGCAGACACUUUGAGCUCUUUAUGAACCCUUUCCGUAAGUCUGCAUUGCUGCAGGCUUUGCCCAAGGGAA